AUGGCAGCAGAGAACUACAAAAACACAUUGUUACCAUCUAGUGGGCAUAUAGAUGUUUACAGCUCAAAUAUGGUGCCUUAUCUUUUUUUUUCCAGCACAAAAAGAGCGGACCAUUCCAACACAAGAUUGGUACUCCAGAUUGAAAAGGAUGCAGGAAAUGAUGAUAACCUGAACUCCAUCUUUUACGAGCACCUAACGAGAUCUCUGCAGGAAACCCUUUGUGGAGAUUUGAUUCUUGGACGCUGGGGAAACUACAGUUCCGGAGACUGCUUUAUUUUGGCAUCUGAUUACUUAAAUGCUUUUGUUCACUUGAUAGAAAUUGGAAAUGGUCUUGUCACAUUCCAGCUCAGGGGGCUAGAAUUUCGAGGGACUUACUGCCAGCAGAGGGAAGUGGAGGCUAUAACCGAAGGAGAUGAAGACAAUGAAAAUUGCUGCUGUUGUAAAUCAGGCCACUUCCCUCACUUGCUCUCAUGCAAUGCAGCUUUCAACCUUCGAUGGCUGACCUGGGAAAUAACACGGACUCAGUACAUUCUAGAAGGGUACAAUAUUAUUGACAACAGCGCAGCCACCAUGCUCCAAGUGUUUGACCUGCGAAGGAUACUCAUUAGAUAUUACAUAAAGAGCAUUAUAUAUUUUACUGCAAGCUCCCCCAAAGUCCUAUCCUGGCUAAGAGAUGAAUCAUUCCAGAAGACACUGCAGCCAUUCUCCAAAUGGCAUUAUAUUGAGCGUGACCUUGCCAUGUUCAGCAUUAACAUUGAUGAUGAUUAUGUCCCUUGCCUUCAAGGAAUCACCAGAGCAAGUUUCUGUAGUGUUUACUUAGAUUGGAUUCAGUUUUGCGCUGGGAAAAGAGUAGAGCCUGUAGAGUGUGAUGAAGAUUCUCCUUUAGUAACUCUGUCCUUCGCAUUGUGCAUUCUCGGUAGAAGAGCACUGGGAACAGCAUCACACAAUAUGGCCAUCAGCUUAGACUCCUUCCUCCAUGGCCUCCAUGCCUUGUUCAAAGGAGAUUUUCGAAUUACAUCAAGAGAUGAAUGGGUAUUUGCAGAUAUGGACCUCUUGCACCAAGUUGUUGCUCCUGCAAUUAGAAUGUCAUUGAAACUACAUCAAGACCAAUUCACUUGUCCAGAUGAAUAUGAAGAUCCUGCUAUUCUUUAUGAUGCAAUUCAGUCCUUUGAAGAGAAAGUUGUGAUUUGUCAUGAAGGGGAUCCUGCUUGGCGCAGUGCCAUCCUCUCAAACAAAGAAGAGCUCCUUACUUUUAGGCAUGUGGUAGAAGAAGGAACGGAUGAAUAUAAAGUUAUCAUGCUCCACAAAAGCUACUUAAGCUUCAAAGUAAUCAAGGUUAACAAGGAAUGUGUCAGAGGGCUCUGGGCAGGACAGCAACAGGAACUGAUUUUUUUACGCAAUCGUAACCCAGAACGAGGCAGCAUCCAAAACAAUAAACAGGUGUUGAGGAACCUGAUUAAUUCUUCAUGCGACCAGCCUCUAGGAUACCCCAUGUAUGUUUCUCCUUUGACCACAUCCUAUAUAGGCACUCACAGACAGAUGAAAAAUCUCUGGGGUGGACCGAUAAGUCUCGACAGCAUCAAAGGAUGGUUCAGAAACAAGUGGCUUAGAAUGCGAAAAGACUGUAACCCAAACCACAGUAGAAGAAGCUGUGAGGAAAGUGCCAGCAGGAAUGGAUCUUCCAGCAGUAAUCCAGCUAAUAAUUCAAGCCAGAGCAGCAGCUCCCAGCAUACAAGGAAUAGCACACCCCAACUGCGCCCUUCCUUUCAAGUUGCUCAGUUCUCAGGCAGGAGAAAAUUCAGGAGCCAGUCUGUUCAGACUCAUGAUGCUUUGAAUCAAAAGCCCCCUCGCUCAAGUCAUUCUGGUCCAAUCUUAGAGAGUCAUCCACCCUUCAUCCAGACUUCCACUUCGGCUCAGGAAAUUGCCCCAAGACUUUCUGACAGCCAGCUCUCCUUCCACAAUUCUGCAACCUCUGUGUUCUCCCCAACCGCUGCCAUCCCUAUCUUGGGCCAACUAACAGUGCAGGAGCGAGCUGGGGCUGUGCUCAGGUCUAGUCUGGCCUCAUCCACUAGUUCUACUCUCAGCCUCUUGUUUGGUAAAAGAAGCUUCUCAAGCGCGCUGGUCAUUUCUGGGCUCUCUGCAGCUGAAGGAGGAAACACAACAGAUACCCAAUCAUCCAGUAGUGUUAAUAUUGCAAUUGGGCCGUCUGCUAGAGCAGCAAACCGUAACAAGCAGGAGGCCAUACGGCAAUUGUCUGAUGAUUAUGAAGCAACUGAUGCUACUGAAUCCAGACGGCGGCGGGACCUGGGAACCACUCACGCACUCCUGAUAAGCCAUAUGGUGGAAUGCAGAAGGGCCAGCCAAGAAGAUAUGGCACUAGAAGACUCUGCUUCUCAACACAGCCUUUCCGAAGAGUAA